AUGGCAGCUAAAACCAUCAUCGUCACGGGCGCAUCCAAGGGAAUUGGCCUUGCGGUAACCAAAUAUCUGCUCUCAUCACCCCAAUCCCACAAUGUGGUAGUAGUGGCCCGUAGCGUCGAGCCUCUCCAGAAACUCAAAGAGCAGUAUGGCACACAGGUCGAGGUUGUGAACGGUGACCUCUCGGACUUCUCUCUAGCACAAAAUGCCGUGGAUGCCGCCAUAAAGACCUUUGGCCAGCUCGAUGGACUGGUUCUUAACCACGGCAUUCUAGGCCAAGUCGGCAAAGUUUCUGAUACCGACCCCGAGCAAUGGCGCCAGGGCUUCGAUGUCAACUUUUUCAGCUUGGUUGCUUUCGCCAAGGCAGCCCUGCCUGCUCUUCGCCAGUCCAAGGGCAAAAUCAUCUUCACUUCUUCUGGUGCAGCGGUAUCAAAGUACCGUGGCUGGGGUCUGUAUGCGGCAAGCAAAGCAGCCAUGAACAAUCUCGCUCAAACACUAGGCUCUGAAGAGCCAGAUGUCACAUCUAUCUCUAUUCGGCCUGGCAUGGUCGACACUGAAAUGCAACGUGAGCUACGAGAGGUGCAUGGUGCAACUCUGGAUGCUGAGAUGCACUCUAAAUUUACGACUGUCCACAAAGACGGCAAGCUUCUCAAACCAGAGCAGCCAGGACAUGUCAUAGCCAAGCUGGUGCUUGAGGCACCCAACGGGUUUACUGGCCGUUUCCUAUCGUGGAAUGACGAGGAGCUCAAGGAUUUCCAGGAAUAG